UCCUGGUGUGAGUGUGCCCUUAGUGUGAUUGAAGUGGACGAGUAUCGCAUGUUUUCCUGGUGUGAGUGUGCCCUUAGUGUGAUUGAAGUUGAUGCGAAGUAUUGCAUGUUUUUUUUUUGUUUUUGUCAUGUUUCUCAACUUCGCACUUACUCAGCUAUCCUGAAGUUCUGAAGAAACUAAUGUUCUGAACACUGUAAAUACUAAACAGUCCCUCUUUUUUCUUUUUUCCUUUUUCCCAAACAGAACCUUAGGGCUCUGGCUCCUUUUCCAUUCUGGGGAGCUUCAGCUAAAGAGACCCUUCUUUUUUUUUUCCUGUCUCGGUAAUUUCUCCUCUCAGACUAUUGGUUUUGCUUUUCCAUGUUCUGUUUUUUUUUGUUUUUUGUGUGUGAACUGUUUUUUUUGUUUUUUGUGUGUGAACUGUCUCGUGCCUUGUGACAGCACUUCAUGGGAGUCACUGUUUGCUGUAUCAUGCGCGACGGCACGAAGCCCCGCAAAGAACUCCGCAUCCCCUCCAGCUUUAUUGGCGACGACUGGUCCGGAAGCGGAAACAGCGCGCAGCCGAGCAGGAUGUUCCGUUUGAAAAUUGUGGAGCCGACGCGCUUGUUCCUUGGGAUUCAUCAAGAAGACCCUCGAUUGCUCGGGGUAUCACCUCCCCUCAAGGUUGGGCUAUGGAUAGUGGACAAACAGAACCAGACUGUGGCAAUGAAACAGUCUUAUGAAGCGGUGUGCCAAGUGGAAACGAUUCUCCAGCCGGGCCACUAUAGGAUUAUGGCGAAGGCGUUGUCUCGUGGAAAGGGUGUUCAUGUUGUGACAAAGCUGCCACUCCCAGAGAGCGCGCGGUCGGUAUUGUCACGUAGGUUCGUGUUGACGUUGCAUUCAGACAAACAAGUAGUGGCCUCUCUGAUGGCUGGCCCGCGGUCGUCCACAGAUGUGUGGAAAGAGUUCCAUGCUCCCAGCAGUUUUGUCGCGGAUGACUGGUCGACAGCAGUGCAAACGGUUAAGCAGCCCACUCGUAUAUUCAGACUCAGGGUAAUGGAGGAGAAGACGCGAGUUCAUCUCGGAAUCGAUCAGGAGGACCCAGAACAUCUGCAGGGCGUUCAACCAUUCAAGAUCGGAGUUUGGAUCAUGGAUAAGGACAACCGUCUGCUAGCAGUGAAACAAAGCGACGAGUCUCUAUGUCAAGUGGAGGUGACUUUAUCGCAAGGACUCUACAGGUUGAUGGUAAAAGCUCUUGGGUAUACCGAUCACAGAGGGUUUUGCAGCUUUCCUGAUUCCAGCAGCAAAGUUCUUCCCCAUCCUUUCAUGCUGUCUGUGAUGUCGGAUAAACAAGUUGAUGUGUUUGUGAUGACGAACUCUUCGACGGCAAAGCUUUUGUCGUCAACCUAUUGAGUAGAACCAAGUGCACCAAGUUUUGUCGAUGAUGAGAUUCUCUAUACUUAAGUUCACCGGGUCUCACCUGGAGUUAAGUCCAAAAGAGUUGCAGCUUCCACUGAUGAGCUGUCUGCCGGGGCCUUUUUUGGGGUUAAGCCCAAUGAGUUAGAGUCCCCACUGAAGUAAGUUUUGAGUUAACUGAAGUCUGGUGGAGUUAAGAGUACAUUUUAAAUUUAUCAUUGAGUUAAGUCCGCCGCAAUCAAAUCUGCGAGGUUGGCCACCACUGGAAUUAAGUCCCACUACGAUUGGUCGACCACCAGUACACCUGUGCCUGGAGGCGCUGCGUUUGGUUUAAAACCCUCGAAGCCGGGGCGAAGUUUAGUAGAGUGGAGUUGAGCGAUUGUUGACUCAUGCCGCGGAGCCCGGCGGAACCCCACUGGAGCCCAACCGGAGCCUACCAGAGCCUCCGUUCCGUCAUGUCUUCAGAGCAUGUCAGUGUGAUGUCUGUAUGUUUCUGAUAAUAAGCGCUUGCAGUGCUCUGACGCCUUUGACUGUUUUAAAGCCCAACAGGCCCUAGUCGUAGGUUCAAACUUCAAAUCCCGGUGUGCAUCCCUGGAGGGCGGCGUAGCGAUACGAAUUACAAGACAUUGCGAGACCUGCACCCGAGUCCCCGGUGGCGACACGAGCACAGCUCAUGGAUUGUUCUUGUGCGUUCCCACGCCAACGCUUUCGCUCACUAUGGGCCUCGCUCCGCUAGACAAGAUUCGGAAUGAAUCUGUCCGGACCUC